CGGACCUGGGAACCCGCCGUCGCAGCCGGACCGACCCCACCCCGGCCAUGAAGGGCCCCCUGCGCGGAGGAAUGUUCUCCCGGCAUGUCAAACGGCACCCCGGACUCAUUCCCCUCAUUGGCUUCAUCAGUGUGGGCCUGGGCAGCGCGGUGCUGUACCUGCUGAGGCUGGCACUGUACAGCCCCGACGUCAGCUGGGACCGCAAAAAUAACCCCGAGCCCUGGAAUAAGCUGAGCCCCACGGACCAGUACAAAUUUCUGGCAGUUUCCACCGACUACAAGAACCUCAAGAAGGAGCGUCCCAGCUUCUGAGCCCCCCCCGGGACGUGCUGGGGUGGGGGGGGAACCCACCCCCGCCAGAAGAACCCCCCAGCUCUGCCAAAGCCACUGCACACAGGUCCCACCGCUCCCCCAGCCCCCCAAAACUGUGUGGCCGAGUCCCCCCCCCCAAAUAAACCACAUCCCUGCAGAGCCCCCGCGCCCCUCACGGUCACGUUGUGCCUGCACUGAACUCCCAGGACAGCA